AUGAAGCAGCUGCAGCAGCUGCAACGGGAGCAGUUGAUGCUUCAGCAGAAGCAAGCCGAGCUUCAGAAGAAGUUGCUCUCACUGCAGGCCGAGAAGCCAGCUGCCAAUCCGCCUCCGCCGACCCCAGCUUCUAUCGCUCGACCAGAUGCCUCAGAUGCCGGAUCUUCAGAUCAAGAGGAGCCUGCCGGUGAUGAUGAUUGGGACCUCGGUCCUGUGGUGUGCCCCAAGACGGGGAAGGCAGCCUUUACUGCUUACAAAGACGUGUCUCAACGAAAAGAGCUUGGACGCCUGCUGGUGGACUCGGGCUUCAAUGAGAAGAAGUUCGCUAUUGCGACGCAGAAGAUUGUGACGAAGGAAAAGGAAAAGUCCUUGACUGUGGAUGCCGGAUGGUACACGGAGCAGGAGAUGAAGGACAAGCUGGGGUACGAUGUGAAGACUAUCAAAAAGAUUGUGGACUACACAAGCAAGAACCCCGCACUGCUGCAGCGGCCACUUUGA